AUUAGUCUGGGGGGAAACAAAGAGACAGAGAGACGCAUAAAGGCGGAUGCUGGAGAAGAGUUCACACACAAAACUUCAGCAAGACCUUUCAGUGUGGAAACUUUCAACACAGAAAACAAAAUGCGUGGCCUGUUUUCCACCCUCAUCGUGGUGCUGGUGGCCUUAAUGAUCGUGACUACAGAGGCUGGGAAAAACAAGAAAGAGAAGAAUAAGGGAGGUAAGGGUGGUGCGGCGGACUGUGCGGAGUGGCGCUAUGGCAACUGCGUGGCCAAUAACGGGGACUGUGGACCAGGCGUGAGGGAGGGCACCUGCAACGAGCAGACCAAAAAAGUCAAAUGCAGAGUUCCCUGCAACUGGAAGAAAGAGUUUGGAGCUGACUGCAAGUAUAAGUUUGGUAACUGGGGCGAGUGUGACGCUGACACGAGCGCAAAGAGCCGCACCGGCACUCUACAAAAGGCUCUCUUCAAUGUCGACUGUCAGCAAACCAUCUCUGUGUCCAAACCCUGCGCCACCAAGGUUAAAAACAAACCCAAAGGAAAGAAAAACAAGGGGAAAGGGAACUAAAGGGAGCAAGAGAUCCAGAGGAGUAGUAAACAUCACGUGAUCAUCCGUCAUCCAAACACGGCCUUUUAUAUCUCUACUCAGUGUUCUUCAGCUUGAGCGGGACUCGCUCUACAGCCACAAACAUAUAGCUUUAGGAGACUAUGACAGAGUAACAUCUGAGUAUUUGACACCUUACAUGACUCUUUCAUGUGUGAGGGGGAGGGGAGAAUAAAAUGUCGCUGUUUAGCGUGUGGUUCCCUGUAGUUGACCCAUUCCUCUGUUUCCCUCCAGCACAUUCCUCUCUCUCUCUCUCUCUCUCUCUCUCUCUCUCUCUCUCUCUCUCUCUCUCUCUCUCUCUCUCUCUCUCUCUCUCUCUCUCUCUCUCUCUCUCUCUCCCAUCUAUCAGCUGUGUAAGCCUCAGGCCUCUUAUUUGCUAAAGGACAACAAUCAGUAGAAUCAAAUCAAACACAUCUAUUUUAUGACUGUUUUACUUACAAAUUUGGUUUUGUAAAAUUGUGUAAUUUACAGGAUUAUAUUACUAGUGGGGUAUAUAAGUAGUGUUUGGAUGUCACCCUUCUCUUUUUUUGUAUCAUAGAAUAUAAAACUGAGGAGUGUUGGUUGAAAUAAAUGAUUUGUUUCUUUUUCUAUAAAAGGUGUAGUUUGUGUAAAAGUGAAAAUACCCCAAUAGUGUUACUUUUUCCUUUUGACUUGACCGUUACUAACAGAUUGAAGGGUGACAGAGGGUUUUAAGAUUUAGACUGCAUAGAGAGACUGUCCCCUCUUGUGCAAACCUAUUUUAUAAGCAUUUUAAGAAAGACACUGAAGUUUUGUUACAGAGCUUUGUGUGUUAUAUGUUGUGUUAACUAAAGGUAAAUUAGUGAUGACCGUUCAUUAUUAAAGACACUUGAGCCCUGCAAA